AGCUUUUCAUGGCCGAGCGUGGACGAGUUUCUCUCCGGAAAUAUAUACAUAGAGAGAGAGAGAGAGAGAUGAGAGGAGAGGAUAGAGAAGGGCGGCUUCUGGCGAACCGCAAAGACAACGCAACAACCUCCAUUUCCCAGGACGAAGAAAAAUCUCUCUCAAUUUCACUCCCAUCAAUUAAUUUUCUGGUUUUCAGAAUUGAUCUGGAAAUAUAAUCAGUUAGGAAACACAAAACCUGCAUAUCUGCAUCUAUAUAUGUAUGUAUAUAUUUGAAGAUUGACUGAUUGUACAUUUUCAUGGAAGAAGAUCAUCGCCGAACAUGAAUUCUUGUUUCCCAAUCGCAACCUCUGUUUUCGUGUGGUCAAUAAUUUGAUUUUGUUUGCAACCAUGAAUUUUAUAUGCUUCAUUACUUGCCGGUAUGGAGGUCAGAAGGUUUGCCCUAUCUGCCAUUUUCGGGGUUUUAGUAUGUGCUUGGGUUUGUCACUGUAUUCUUCUAUGCGAGAGGUAGUAGCUGAAAGGUUGAUGGAUUACAUAGAUACAUAGCUCUAACUCCUUGGAUUUGGGAAUUACUUUUCAUUGAACUGUUAGCUGAAGUCUUUCUGCAUUCAUUGAGUAGCUGGUAGGAGUGGCGUAACUUGGGUUUCGUACGUGAAGAAAGUUUGCAACUAUGGUAGGUUGAUGUGGCAAAAAACUUAGCAGAGCAGUGUACUCGUAGAAUGCUACCAAAGAUACUUGUGUGGGUCUUUUCGUAAGUUAGUUGCCUAUCUGGUCCUGCAAAACUUAGAGAUGGGCUUGCCACAAUUUUCUUUAAGUGAAACUGCUGAGGAGGCUGCAGGGUCUUCGAGUACGUUGAUGUCCAGCCCGCCUCAUUUUGCUGGUGUGAGCACUUGUGAUUUGGAUGGGAUGCAUCUGGGAAGUAUAAGCCGACCGGUUGGAGAUCCCUCGUGCUAUUCUUUAGAUGAUUUUAUGAAGAAAACCUCCUUGGAGCAAUCAAAGAUUCCAGAGGAGUCCGUCAAGUGUAAAGGAACCAUAGAUGCAACAUCCAAUGUUCAUGGAUGGAAGAUUGGUUCAUAUGACGAACUUGGUUUGUUUACAUCUAAAACUGGUCAAAAUAUUCACAGUCCUGCUUCAAGGAUUGUGGGUUUUGAGUGUGGGAAGAAGGAUUAUUUCUUUGAUCGAUUGGAUAAGGUUUCAACUGAUGGUGUUCACCAUUCUUCUGUGGUGGAUAUGGUAGUCGAUGAAAGUGACUCCAGUGGGUUGCUAGUGAGGAAGCAAUUGUUGUCUCCAUUGUGUGGUAUGGUUCAUGCAGACCAAUUCAAUGGUGAUCCUCUAGAUAUUGGCUGCCGUGACUCUCAUGCAAAAUCCCCUAAUGGUUAUAGUGUUUCUAUGAUGCAAGAUUAUAAGAAAGCAAACAUGGGAAAUAGAAACCAUCUCACGACACCAACCUGGUCUGCCUCAAAUUGGUCAGAAAGGGAGGAUAUAUUACAUAAUUACAGUAGAAUGGGCUCAUUUUUUUCCAUUGAUGGCCCUUUACUGGGGGAAAAAGAGGUACUACCUCAUACUUGUUUUUCAUCAUCUGGGUUAAAUCCUUUAAGAGAAUCAAGCAAGGUAAGAAUCCGAACAGCAGAGAUGUCAAUAUUCCCAGAAAAGGGUAUCCCAUCCCCCUUCUGUUUGUCACCUCUUGGUCCAAAAUCCUCUGAAACUCUGAAAACUGCUGGACAAUGUAGCUGUGGCAGUAAAUAUGUAGGUGAUUCUUUAACCUUUAAAAAUGUGGAACAGUUACUUGGCACAAACAUCUCAGGCAUUAUCUAUGCCCCUGAAGAGGACAAAUUUUGGAGGGCAAGCAAAUCAUUUGAAGAAAUUAGUCAUUUGCGCAAACAGUUGCACUUAUCUUCCCUGGAAAGUGACAGUGGAAAAAGUUGGGCUUCAACUCAUGAAGCCAAACCCCACUGCAUUCAUGUGGGUAGAAGUUUGAGGGCUCUUGCUGUUAGGAGGUCAUUGGUGGGUUCAUUUGAGGAAUCUCUGCUAUCUGGUCGAUUGUCAUCUGGAAAACUCAGUCAGAGAAUUGAUGGUUUUCUAGCUGUACUAAGCAUUACUGGAGGUAGCUUCUCGCCAAGAUCACAGAAACUUCCUUUUGCAGUAACCAGUGUUGAUGGAGAUAACUACUUACUGUACUAUGCAUCUAUAGAUCUCAGCAGAAUUGCAUCACAUGACUACAGUGGCCAAAAUUUUAAAAGAGGCCUUAGUAAUGAGGAUUCGCAAAUUGCUACAACUCGUCUUCGUAUUCCUAUGAAAGGGCGUAUACAGCUGGUUCUAAGCAACCCGGAAAAAACACCUCUGCACACCUUCUUUUGUAACUAUGAUCUGAGUGACAUGCCCGCUGGUUCCAAGACAUUCUUGCGUCAAAAGGUCACCCUAGCCGCUUCUGGACCAGCUUCUCCACAGUUCAGUGAGGGGCAGAAAAAUGUAAACAUCAAUUCUGUUGGUAAGAUGACUACCUCAGAAAGAAGUUCUACUGAUCAAGGUAUCAAAGAAAUGGAGGGCUCUAAUCCGAUUGACGAUAUGGAAAAUCUUUCAAACGAUGGAUAUCAUUUGGGAAAUAUAGGUUCCCCUACCCUAACAGUUCAGAAUAAAUGCGAGAGAACUGGCAACAAAGAUUUCAGGUGUGCCGAGUUAGGCCAAGACGUCGAAGAGAAGAAGUCAGUACAUGCUUGUCCAAAGGUCAACGAGAGUGCUGCGAGUGCUGGGGUUCUUCGUUAUGCUCUUCAUCUCCGUUUCCAAUGCCCCUUUCCUAAGAAAACUUCGAGAUCAGUCCAGAGUUGCAAAUUGGAUCCUCUAUAUGUGCCAGAAAAGAAUUACUCAGAUGCUGAAAGGGAACGCAGAUUUUAUUUAUAUGACAAUUUGAGGGUGGUCUUCCCCCAACGCCAUUCUGAUGCUGAUGAGGGAAAGCUGAGUGUGGAAUACCAUUUCCCGGAAGAUCCAAAGUACUUUGACAUCAGCAGCUGAAAGUUUGACACUUGUAACUUGCAGUGUACAUAUACUUGUAACUUGUUCAUGGUUCUUUUAUGAUUGUAACCUGUAAAAACUUUUCGUCAAUCACCAAUAAUUUGGGAGUAAUUUAUAUUAUGUCAUUCGUUUGAUCUUCUA